AUGCACCCACUCACACGCCGUACUAGGGUGAAUGCAACAGCGUCCAUUACAACAAGCAUACUGGAGUAUCGAACCAUUCAAGGACGUACUUAUCACAGCGGCAGGUACAACACUGAGUAUUUUACCCCAAAUGACGAACAGCAGAGUGAGUCUGUUGAUAUCACACACCAUUACCUGACACUCCUCCUGGGAGGAAAGCUAUUCGUAGCGCCAAUCGGAGACGAUGUCGAGAGUGUGACUGGAUCACUCACAGACUCUCACAGUGACUUUGCCGACGAGUUUCCCAAUGCCGAAGUCACUGGAACUGACCUGUCACCCAUCCAGCCGGCCUGGGUUCCUCCAAACGUCAAAUUUGAACUGGACGACGCAACAGACGAGUGGACUUGGCCACAGAAUACGUUCGAUUUUAUUCACCUCCGAUACCUCUUCGGCGCAAUUACCGACUGGACUGCCCUCUUCAGAGAGGCGCACCGCUGCACUCGGCCCGGUGGCUGGAUACAGUCCUGCGAAAUUGAUCCUUGUUUUGAGAGCGAUGACGGCACUAUCGAAGGGAACAGCGCGAUAGAGACAUGGAACGCCUUAUUUCUGGAAGGCGGGAAGAAACUUGGCAACAGCUUUUCCGUUGUUAAAGAAAAUCUGCAAUUCGAGGCCAUGCAUGAGGCGGGGUUCGUGGAUAUCAGGCAGGUUGACCACAAGGUUCCAGUUGGGCCCUGGACGAAAGAUCCGCAAAUUCGCGAGGUUGGACAGUAUCUCAAGUUGACAAUGGAGAACGACUUGCAAGGCUAUACUCUGAUGCUAUGGCACAAGCUGGAAUGGCCAGCGGACGACUAUCAAAUCUUUCUCAUGAACAUGCGAAAAGCCCUCAGAAAUCGGCAUAUUCAUGGGUACAUGUUCUUGCGAUAUGUCUACGGACGUAAGCCUGAUUCGGAUGUUCAAAUGACCUAA